AUUUAGAAAAGAUCAUUUGUUGUGAUGCGCUAGUCUUCCAAAGCUUUGUGGAUCUAUUUGUGCUUGAGCCUUCUGUGCCCAGGUCUGAAACAGGUUGAUCGCAGGUGCAAAAGAGGUGUGCGAAUAAGGAAUAUCCGGCCGAUCCCAAGUUCUCCAAGAUUCAGGACAUGUAGAUACCAGAAUCUUGGGUCUGAAAGAGGGUCCGAAGGUAGAUGUGACUAGCACCUUGAGACUUCCGUUGAGGAAGCCGCCUGGAGCAACGUCUAUUUCCAUAUUCUUUUCGCCUUUGGUCUACUCAUGGAGCUAUGUCAACCGUUCCAAGCAGCUUCAUCCACGUGGUCGGAAUGGGCGACAUGGGCUGGCUGGAGGCAGGAAGAAGGACCACCUCAGCGGAUUCUUCGACUCACAGGACCUGUGAAGCUCUACAAAGAGGCAGCUUCAGAAGAGGUUCUUCAAGAUCUCACGAGUGGAGAAUUGUUGAUUGGUGUGGGUGAAGAGGCUUUGCAGGUCGGCAGCGAUGUGGCCAAUGGCUGGCUUUUCGUGCGAAGACCCACCGAGGAGUCCGUUGAGAUCAUGUCGGACAAGCCUUUGGAGUACCAGGAUGGGUGGAUCCACUUGCCCGAUGCCCCCGUGGAGAUGGCAGAACAUCAACUUGGGGAUCGCCUCGCUGGGCGUGUGGACGUUCCUGAUCAUCCCGUGACAAAUGUGCUGAAGGCCCUUCCCUUCUGCAGAGGUCAAGAACUCCCUGAUUGGAUCCCUGGCAGCGUUUGUGAGCUCCACACUGGCAAGGUGGGAGGCGUAUUGAAAGGUGGUCGCUUCCUUCUGCAGCGUCCAUCUGGUGCGGUGCCAGAGCGGUUGAUGUUGGAGUCCUCGAUGUUGUUGACAAGAAAGGACAGACGACGCAACACCGCAAUUGCAGCUGCCCUUGGCCUUGUCUUUGCGACGGUCGUGGGGGCCUCCAUUCAUUUGCGGGAGUGGCUGCGCGGGCAGACCCAGUUGGGCCGAAAGACAUGGCCACAACUUCUGGUUUGGCUCCUUUAUGCUCCGGUGCUCGUCACACCAGCUACGGCCUUGCCCCUGCUACGGUCUUGCCAACUCACCCGGCAGCACUUUCUGUGUAGUUGCUGCGAUCAACUUGCUUUUCUACUCUGACUUCUUUAGCGAGUAGGAAAAACAGACCGUGAGGCUUGUUGUGGCGCUUGAAGCAAAGCAGGAUUUUGAGUGCAGUGCUAUUGAAGCAUCAAAUGAAAGAAGCUUGAUAUUAAUUUACUUUGGCUGCGCUUUGGCUGCUUUUUCCACUGUGCUCAC